GUGACAGACGGCCCUUUUACCAUGGAGGACGAUUACUUUUCUAUUGACUCGAUAUUGGCCGACAACCAGAAAAUACAAUGCAUCUUCAACAAGGAGAUACCGGACCUUGGCCACCUCUGGGGAGGGUCCGAGCGCGACAUUGCAGCGCAGGGCAAGUACCAGAUACCGAUGUGGAUGGCGUAUAUCGUGAUAUACUCCGACUGGGCUGAAUUCAAUAUACCGACGCCCUUUGGGAAUCGUGUUCGCAAUGCGCUCAAUGCUGAACCUCGCAGCGUACGCCUAUCGAGUCUGGUAGGCGCUGGAGGGCUAUGGUAUGGAUUUGGAAAGACAAUAAUGGACAUGCUCAGCGACGAACAGGCCAAUGAAAUGUCCCAGAUGUUAACAAAGACAUUCCGUGAGCGGCUGGUGGAGGUUAUAGAUCAAGCACAGCAUUUCGCAGCCCUGGGGCCCGCUGGCGGAGGUGGAGGCUCUACGGGAGAUACUGCGCAAGCAUUUCGCGAAGGGUUGGAUGCAACAGAACGCGAACUAUUUGUACUGGCCCAAGAAAGUGCGAAGAGAACAAAGAAGUGGUAUGAAGAUUACGAUAAGGGCCGGCGGUGAUGAUGUUAUAUAUCUUUCUUGGCUUCAUCUCCUUCUACUGGUGACACAUUUUGUAGUUCAUUGACG